AUACCUCCCUCCUCCUCCUCCUGUGUCACUACUUCUCUCGUGUCAGUGAACACAUCAGCUCUUUCUUCUUCUGGUUUUAAUUCCUCAACUGGUCCGAAUGUGUCUGCGGCCAUCUCUCUCUCUCUCUCCGGCGGAGGUCUCUCGCUCAUGGCUGCAGGUCCCUCGUUUGGAUCUCCGUCAUCGUCUGAGCGCGCUCCGUGGCGGCGUGUGUCAACCCGCCCCGUGGCGCCGUCGGCCACUUGCCUUCCUCUGCUAUGUCUUGUCCAUCAGUGCCCUGCGGCCGCUGUCCAAACGGGUGGCGUUGUACCGCUCAAUCCCGACUCGCCUGCUCUCUCGGGCCUGGGGUCAUCUGAAUGGCGUGAAGCUCCCCAACUGGCUCCGUAAACCUGUGUACUCGCUCUACAUCUGGACGUUUGGGGUCGACAUGAAGGAGGCGGCAGUGGAGGAUUUACAUCAAUACAGGAAUCUGGGGGAAUUUUUCCGUCGACGUCUCAAACCUGCUGUGAGGCCGCUCUGCGCCUCCUCCUGCCUGAUCUCUCCAGCAGACGGGCGGGUCCUGCACUUUGGUCAGGUGAAGAACUCGGAGGUGGAGCAGGUGAAGGGCGUCACCUACAGUCUGGAGAAGUUCCUGGGUCCACAGGAGGGGCGAGGCCAAGAGUCCUCCCUGUCCUUCAGGGAACGCCUCCUGACGUCACCUGAUAACGACCUGUUCCACGUGGUGGUUUACCUGGCGCCAGGUGAUUAUCACUGUUUCCAUUCGCCCACAGACUGGAAGGUGGAGCUUCGACGACACUUCCCAGGCUCGUUAAUGUCGGUUAACCCUGGUGUGGCUCGUUUGGUCAAAGAUCUCUUCUGUCUUAACGAGCGUGUGGCGCUCACCGGCCAAUGGCAGCACGGCUUCUUCUCCUUAACGGCGGUCGGAGCCACAAACGUAGGAUCCAUCCGGGUUUACUUCGACCAGGAGCUGAAGACCAACACCCCCCGCUACAGUAAAGGCUCGUUCCACGACCACAGUUAUGUUGCCAAUGGCAACAAUGUGAACAGUGUGUUGACAGCGGUGUGUGAGGGGGUGGUCCCUGUGGAUGGGGGCGUGGCCUUGCAGAGGGGGGAGGCUAUCGGGGAGUUUAACCUCGGGUCCACCAUCGUUCUGUUGUUCGAGGCGCCCAAGGACUUUAAAUUUAACCUGCAGCCGGGACAGCGAAUCAGAGUGGGGGAGGGGCUUGGCAGCUUCUGAUUUGCUGACGCGUGGGAGGUGCCUGAUGACAUUUUAAGGCAUUGUGGGUAUUUUUCUUUGUAAGAAAAGACAUGAAGAGGAAAUGUUUGUUUGCCUCAUGAUAGCAAGAUGCCAAACCUCUCUCUCUCCCCCCGCUAUCUCUCCCCCCCCCUCUCUCUCUCUCUUUGUGUUCUCAUACAGACCCUCCACAGAUUGUCUAGAGUUCAGUGCAGGUCUGAGAACUCAUUAUGUCCUUCGUCAAACUUUCUGAGCUUCAUUUAACAAAAAGACAAAUUUAUAUUUUUCAUAACGUAAAAAUUUAUGUUAAAUAUGAAAUAAAAUGUUGUCCGUCCAUUCACUGCUGGAAUGUUUGAAGGUUUAUUGAUCACGUUUUAUAACCUACUGAUGGUUUCGCUUUAAAGAAAAAUUAAUUAUUCUUAUUAUUUUCUUCUGUUCUUGUUUUUUCUUUCGUUAUAUAUUUAAUAUAAAUAAUACAAUUUAAAAUACAAAAACUAGUUAUACUAUAGUAGAUAUAGAUGUUUUUUAACGGCUGUUUUUAAUUGUGAAUAAAUAAUGGAAAUUGUG